UGCGUGGUCCCCGGGAGCCGUAAAGAGGUGUGUAAGUGUCGGAAGAGCUGUCGGGAUGCAGCAGGCAAGAGGAGCACCAGGAGGCCGUGGCUGCGCUCUCUUUCCCCUGCUGAGCAUCCUAGUCGUCCAGGGUGUGCGUUCCGUCCUCUCCUUGGAGAUAAGUGCAGAUGCUCACGUCCGAGGAUAUGUGGGAGAGAAGGUCAAGUUGAAAUGCACCUUCAAGUCAUCUUCAGAUGUCACUGACAAGCUGACCAUAGACUGGACAUACCGCCCUCCCAGCAGCAGCCGCACGGAAUCUAUCUUCCAUUACCAGUCUUUCCAGUACCCGACUACCGCAGGCACCUUCCGAGACCGGAUCUCCUGGGCUGGAAAUGUCUACAAAGGGGAUGCGUCCAUCAGCAUCAGCAACCCUACUCUAAAGGACAAUGGGACAUUCAGCUGUGCUGUGAAGAACCCUCCAGACGUGUACCACAAUAUCCCCCUGACAGAGCUCACGGUCACAGAAAGGGGUUUUGGCACCAUGCUGUCCUCUGUGGCCCUUCUCUCCAUCCUCGUCUUUGUCCCCUCGGCAGUGGUGGUCACUCUGCUGCUGGUACGAAUGGGGAGGAAGGCAACGGGGGUGAAGAAGAGGAGCAGGUCUGGCUAUAAGAAGUCUUCCAUUGAAGUUUCUGAUGACACUGACCAGGAGGACAGCAAUGACUGUAUGGCGAGGCUUUGUGUCCGCUGUGCGGAGUGUCUGGAUUCAGACUACGAAGAGGCAUACUGAUGGAGUGUGUGUGAUGCAAGAAGUGUUACCUAACAACAGGAAAAAUCCCAUUCCCCCGGCCAGGAGUGCCAUUGGCAGGGACAGCAGUGACAGAAGAUUCUGAAGGUCAUCAGUGAAGACCUUAAGGACCACUUAUUUAUUGAAGAAACAUUUAUUUUGUAUUUAUAAACUGUUCAGAAACUCCAGGAAGGGACUCGUGACUUCCCUUCUUUAAUACACUCUAAUUGAGCAAAGAAAUUCUUGAACAGAAACACAGUGCUUGGUUUACCUUCGCUCUUGAAUGUAGUUCAUGGUUUCUUCCAGUUGUCUGAAGGAGACCAAAUGUCUUGUCACUCUGCUGAUGCCAAAAUUGUACUUUUUUUUUAAAUGGUGUGGAACCUGUAGCUUCCUGAUGAUGUGCCAACGAACAACAUGCCCAUUUGGGACGGAUAGCCUUUGUUUCUUCUCCACGAAUGUUCUCCAGGCAGUAUUUAGUAUGCACUACUUGGUUUAACUGUCAUCAGCUGUGUCUAGGUGACAUGGAGUAUUUGACCCUGAUUUCUUUCAGCUCAGUAGGUUUACAAGUUGUAGGCUUGCUUGGACUGGGUCUUUUAAGUAUUAAAAUAUUGUCAAUUUACAGUUACGGAAACAGUUUUUGAGGUAGAAGACUCUUUCUUAUUUGUCUUGCUAACUAUGCUUUGGGCCACAGAAUCUUUUUUAUUUUGUGUUCCUGAAACUGACUAGCUUGUGGUUUCCUUCUUGGUUUUUUAAGUUAGAGGCAAGACAUGCCACUUAAGAAGGUUUUUAGUGGCGACUUGGGAAAUAUUUUUUGUAGUCCCUUGCUUUGCAUCUUUUCACUUUUCUUGUGAUGUUGUUUAGAACUUUGGUUCUAAAUUGCACCAGAAAUGGGUAUUGCGUCCGAACGCUGGUUUGCUCAGUACUGGAGAUGGGGAAGUGAGGCUGUGCAGGACAUUUCCUCGUUCCUCACUCAGUGCCUUGUAACCCACAUCUCUACUCUCCUUAGCAACUUACUUGUUAUUUUAAGUUAUACUGGGUUUUCUGUAAACCACUAAGAUGUGCCUGACUUAUUGGAAGGACUAGCAUGUAUGCAAACAGGGCUCUCCAGAGAGAGUCACUAAUGACCCCUUCCCCAGCCCUGGUUGGUUCAACAUGGUGGUCUUCUUCAUGGCUCUUCCCAAAGUAGCUUGGGAGCCCUCCAUAUUACAGUGUAUAUGCUAUGAUAUAUACUAUGUAUCUUAUAAAAGUCAUUCUAUUUACCGCAAAGAUAUUACAUUUGAACUGAGAUCAUUAACUCUGCAUGAAAGACUUGUUAAUCUAGCCUGCUGAUUCAUGAUUGUGAUUCACCUCUGGUCAUGGAAGCCCUUGGAAGAGGCAGAGUGGGGGACUGGCAUUUUAUAUUUCUGGUCCUUAGACUCCAUGGUUCUUUGGGCUACUUGUUAAAGAUGUAGGUGUCUGUGGCCAAUCCAGUGAGACCCUUUCUGAUGGUUCAACAGAGAAAAGGAAGCAUUCAGCCACCAAGCAUAAACAAUUUGGACACUUGUAGAUCUGAAGAGAGUGAUCCAGGUGGGAGGGGGCAUGCCGUGGGCCUCACUGUUCUGACAGAGCAUUACAAGACCUCAUUUAAACCAUCAUCCUGUGAAAAUGAGGGACCAGUUUUAGUGUCUUAGGAUUUUCUUGCAAGUGUAUUGUGAAGUUUUUUUUAUCUAGCUCAGACAUUGGUGAGUUCUGCGACCGACCCGAUGCCUGAUGGGUACUUGGUACACUGUUGUGUAGCCUGCUUUGAAAUGGCUCUUUCUCUUGUAAAUGACAGAACAAUCAAGUCCUUCAUUGUAAGGGAGUAAGUUAGUGAUUUUAUUUGCUCCGUGAGUUUGAGGUCAUAUCCCUGGCUUGGGCCGCCCUCAGUUUCCUAUGCUGAGGUUUGUGCUAUAGCUUUUUGAUCCUAAGGAAAAUAAAGCUGUCUGUGGAGCCCUCCUUUAAGAAUGAGCAUACGAUAGAGGGUUUGUCUGACUUGCUGUUUUAAUAUCUUCUAAGGUGACAUUCUCAUACUUGUUUUUUCCCUUUUUGAUGCUCGUGGGCUCAAACCACCUGACACUAUAGCAUUGUCUUUCAUUAUGGUUAUAUCACCUUCUGAGUUUUAUGUAGCGGACUCUUAAAACUAUUACAGAAUGUGAAUUUAUAAAGUGCUUUGUUUUCCCUCUGUGGCCUAUUACUUCAGGCCACUUGAGGACAUCUUAGCAGUCUGCAGCUCCUGAGUCAGCAGUGGGACUUCAGAAGGACAAGUUUCCUACCCCUUCCCCAUCCCAGUUACAAGCAUGCAUACGUGUGCGUCUGUGUGUAUGCAUAUUUUACAACAACGGAAAACCUGGAGGCCAGAUCCUGAUCCAGAAUGUUCUGUUGUGUCGCUGAGCUCCCGUUCUGAAGAAGGACUCUAAGAAGAUCCAUGGAGUGGACCAAAGCUCUUGCUUAAUUGCACAGCUCAAAACUUCGCUCCCAGAAGUGCCCUCUCUGGUGUUGGCCUCCUUACCACUGUCUCUCACUGACUUUUAAAAUGAAAUUAGACUUUUUGUUUGCAGGAGAGUGUGAGCUGUAAAGCUUCGUGCACAGACGUUGUGACUCAUGGAAUCUUUACUCCACUGUAGUUAAUAAACUUCUUUGCACCUUG